GCCUCAAAAGGAGUUUGUGCAAGAUCAAGAACACAUGGAAGAAGAAACAAGAACGAGAGCGGUUUAAACUUUAAAGAUCACACCAUAUUAUUGAAUUGAUAUGUCUUACUGCCGUGAGGAAGGCAAAGACAAGAUUAUAUUCGUGACGGAAGCAGAUCAUGCAGAAGCAAGUAAAGUUAAUAUACCUGAGGUUGAGGAUGAGGCAGAAUAUGAAGGCUUAAUUAAACCAAAUGGUGAAAUUAACUGGGAGUGUCCAUGUUUGGGUGGUAUGGCAACUGGUGUUUGUGGAGAACAAUUUAAGGCAGCAUUUUCAUGUUUUCAUACCAGUACAAGUGAGCCAAAAGGAUCUGAUUGUAUUGAGCAGUUUCGAACAAUGCAGGAGUGUUUUAGGCAAUAUCCUGAAAUCUAUGGUGAAUUUGAGAGUAUAGAUACUGCAGAUGAGGAGGAGCAAGAACUGUCUGAUUUUGUUGGUGAACAAAAAGAAAGUGAGCCAAGUAAACAAGAAGAUAGCUCAAAAAGUGACAAAGAUAAAGAGAAAAAUACUAGUGGACAACAAGAUGAGAAGUUGGAAAAAACUGCACUAAAAAAAGCUGAUUUAUGAUAUUGGUUCGAUUUUAUUGCUGUUUGAGUUCUUUUAUAGACAUAAAGCAUGAAUUUGUGGAGUAAAGUUGCUUUUGCAGGACUUCAUCUUGGAAAUUUCUCCUGUUAUA